CCAUUCCCCAGAGAGGAGAAGGAGAAGGUAUGUGUACCUUUGGUUCUUCAGGAUUUCUUUUCCUUCUUUUCAAGGCCUUGAGGUAACCCAGAGGGGCUGUCUCUCUACUCAGCUUGCCUCUGCAUCCAUUCUCUCCCCUCCAACGUGGUGCAGCCCAAAAGGAGCCAGCCGGGAGCCACUGCAAGAUCCCUCUUGUUCCAGAGCAGUGGUGAGCAUCUUAAGGGUGGCACCGGUGGGAAGCCAUGGCAGCAGCCACCCCUGCGCAGAAGACCGCCCAGAAGGUGCGCCUGCCCCGGCGCCGCAGCGUCAGCCAGAUCUGUCCCCCGCCACGGAGGCCAAUGACUUUGGCAGAGUUGUACCCAGGCUGUGAGAACGAGCGGCUAGGAGUGGCCCGCGAGAGCAUGCUCCAGAACCAUCUCAUCGCUAAGCCGGAGGUUGGGAAACCCCGCAGAAGUUGCUACACUCUCCCUGGCUAUGCUUUCAACUAUGGGUUAUAUUUGCAUGGGCUGGACGGAGGCGUUGCCGAAGCCAUUGGCCACUGGAAUUCUAUGAAGCCCAAGACCAUUCCGGAGAAGGAGAGGCCCCGCGACCAGAAGGCCUGCAACGUCCGAGCCAUCAAGGCCGGCUUUGUCACAGCACACGAGACCAACCUGUACCGCAAGGAAAAGAACAUCCGCCUCGGCGAGGAUGACGAGAGGCGCUUCAAGAGGACACCUCCGAAAGUACCUGCGGACAUGACAUAUGGGAGGCCACCACGGCCCUCCACGCCAUUCUUUGAUCUAUUGCAGCACAAAUACAAAGAGAAGUGGAUGGACGAGCAGAGAGCCAUCGUCAAAGCCGAGAAGGCAGAAAAAAAGCAGAAGAAACGCAGAGGAAAGACAUAUGACACACGCACGACGCUGUUCAGGAAAUUCCUGCCUCCGAUGCAGGCGGAUCCUCUUUGGAAAAUGCCCCACUUUCAGAAGAUAUGUCCACACCUCUCCACCUUCCAAGACAAGGAAUCGUACCAGAGGGCUCUGAAAGCCUUCCAGUCAGAAAUCCCUGUGAGGAUUGGGCCCCUGGCGCAGGGCCUUUACACCACCACUGCCUGCUAAGGAUCAUCCAGAGAUAAAACCGAGAAUAAAAGCUCCAGCUUCUGCAUAGCCUGGGCACCCUACUAUAAUCUUCCAUUGCAUGUUUCAGAUUUCAGGUCUGUUUGUAUUUGUGAAGUUGAUUAAGCUCAUAAUUGACUAAGCACCUUCUGUCUCUACAUUAAACAUUUAAUCAAUUAAUUCAUUUGUCAGUUCAUUCACUGGAAGCAUUUUUUAAUAUAUAAAAAACUCUGCUGUUCACCCAAAAAUGGUACUGUAGUAGCUUGUAAGGUCAGGAAUGAACAAGGCAGUCUCUGCCCCAAGCACCUUACAAAUCUAAUAGCCCAGAGUUCAUACUGCAAGUACAUUCUGACACUUUUAAUGUUUCAAUUUCUUGUUUUUUUGUGUAAGCUGCUUAGAGGAUCUGUUUGCAAUCAAACAGUGUAUAAAUUUUGUGAAAUAAAAGAAGCGGAUAACGAAAGAACACUAUGUCAUUUGCAAAAAAAAUGUUUAUUGUAAUGUUAAUUGUAAAUGUUUUAUUGUAAUGUUUAUUGUAAUGUUUAUUGUGAAAUAAACAAUACAUGAAACAAAAAAAGCACGUAUAGUGGAACACUUAUGCCAGUUGUAGAAAUAAAGAUGUACUGCAUAUUCCUGCGUAUUAGAUUACUUUUUAACCCAGGAAAAUCUUCUCAAAAGUCGGGGGUCGUCUUAUACUGUACGCCGGGUCGUAUUUCUUAUAUGGCGAGUAUAUCCCAAACUCUAUAUUUUAACUGGAAAAGUUGGGGGGUUGUCUUAUACGCCCAGUCGUCUUAUACGCCGGAAUAUAUGGCAAUUCAGUUAUGUGUAUUACAAUAAAGACGGUUCCAUGGAGGAAGCUGCCUUCAGAGUUCCUCGUACCAUAAGAGACAGGGUAAAGUCACAUGGAGACCAAGUAUCCUCUCCAUCACGAAGACGACGAUCUGCUUAUGGAAUUCGCUCCCACCAGAGGCUGUGAUGGCCACCAACCUCAACAGCUUUAAAAUAGGAUUAGACAAAUUCAUGGAGGAGAAGGCUGUCAGUGAUUGCUAGCCACAAUGGUAACUAACUAUGCUCUUCUUCCGCAGCUGGAGGCAGUUGCUGGAAACCACAGGGUGGGAAAGGGCUCUUGCUUAUUACAGGUUUCUGCUUAGCCACUGUGAGAACAGUAUGCUGGACUACAUGGCCUGAUCCAGCAGGCUCUUCCUAUGUUCUUACAGCUGUAUCAAUCAAACAUGGAGGAUAAUGUGAGGAUAAGAAUGAUGAUAUGAUUGGGCUGUAACACAGCUGAUAAUGUGUUCUGCCAGGGGGCUAUAUAAUUCACUAUUAAUAAAAACUUGCAAGGGGAAAUCAUGCAAACAUCAAAAUGGUGAAAUCUCUGGUUUCAUCUAAGCACCCUGCAGUGUGUUCAGCUACUCCAGUGUGCCACGCUCUUGCAAGCCAUCUGUCAUGAGAGGGGCUGGAUGGAGACUAUGACUGCUUUAUUUCUGAAGCAGCACCAGCAGCCAUGAGAUCUUUAUCUAA